AUUUGAAUGUGGAUGCAUUUGAGGAUGAUGUAGAUGAUGUAGAUGAUGUAGGUGGUAUAGAUGUAGUGAAUGAUAUAGAUGAUGUAGAUGAUGUAGAUGAUGUGGAUAAUGUAGAUGAUAUAGAUGGUGUAGAUGAUCUAGAUGAUAUAGAUGAUAGCACACGGGAGACUUUAAAGAAACGUGCCUAUUCAACUCUUUGUAAGUGUUCUAAUAGUUUCGAAAGUGGGACAAAGUCUGAAUGUAAAUAUGGCAAGGCUGUAUACAACCAGGAUAUGGUGCUACUAGUGUGUUAUUCUGAAACCGGUUAUUUGAAUCGUGAAAGGCCAAAAUAUUUCAAUGCACUUUUGAUUGCUUCAAGAUCAGGAUGUCUGCAAGCUGUUAAUUUACUUCUUAAAAAUGGCUCCGACAUAAAUCAUGUCAACACUGAAGGUUUUGAUGCCUUAAUGCUUGCUUCUCAAAAUGGACACAUUAAUAUCUUACAAUUACUUUUCAAAAGCGGAGCAGAUAUUAAUCGUGUUAAUACGAAUGGAUGUGAUGCUUUAAUGCUUGCUUCGACUAACGGACAUGAGAUUAUAGCUAAAUAUCUUGUUGAAAACGGUAUAGAUAUUAAUCGUACUCAGAAAGAAGGAAGAAAUGCCCUAAUGAUUGCAUCUAAAAAUGGACAUUUUAAAGUUGCAGAGUUACUUACAGAUAAUGGAGCUGAUAUAAAUAAAGUCGAUUCUGAUUUGUGGGAUGCAUUAAAGUUCGCUUCACAAAAUGGACAUUAUAACAUCGCAGACAUACUCAUAUCUCGUGGAGCUAAUAUUUCGCUAGUUGAUACCAAAUUACGUAAUGCGUUAAUGAUUGCUUCUCAUAAUGGACACUUAAAAACGACUGAAUUACUUUUAAAACACGGAUCAGAUAUAAAUUGUAGCGAUAUACUCGGGCGUGAUGCUCUAAUGUUAGCUUCGAUAAAAGGACAUUCUAAGACUUCAAAUUUACUACUACAAUUUGGAGCGUGUAUAAAGCGCGUUGAUGAAUAUGGAUAUGAUUCAUUAAUGCUUGCAUCUGAAAACGGGCAUUACAAUACAGUUAACAUUCUUAUAAAAAGCAGUGGCGAUAUAAAUCGUAUUCAGACAGAAGGGAAGGAUGCUUUAAUGAUAGCAUCUAAAAAUGGACAUUCUACAGUUGCAGAGUUACUUAUAAAUAGUGGAGCUGAUAUCAAUCGUGUAGAUUUUGAACUGAUGAACGCAUUCAUGCUCGCGACUAAACAUGGGCACAUUAAAACUGCAGAGUUGCUUGUAGCUAACGGAUCAGAUAUUACUCGCAUUGAUAUCAUUGGUUACGAUGCUUUGAUGUUGGCCUCAGAAAAAGGACAUGACAAAAUUGCUGAUUUCUUGAUAAAACGUGGACUAAUUAUAAACCGCAUUGAUGAAUGCGGAAGGGAUGCUUUAAUGAUUGCCGCUCAAAAUGGCCAUUAUAUCACAGCUAAACUGCUUGUUGAAAACGGUGUAGAUAUGAAUCGUAUUCAGAAAGAAGGAAGAAAUGCCCUAAUGAUUGCAUCUAAAAAUGGACAUUUUAAAGUUGUAGAGUUACUUAUAAAUAAGGGAGCUGAUAUAAAUCGAGUCGAUUCUGAUUUGUGGGAUGCAUUAAAGUUCGCUUCACAAAAUGGACAUUACAACAUCGCAGACAUACUCAUAUCUCGUGGAGCUAAUAUUUCGCUAGUUGAUACUAAAUUAUGUAAUGCAUUCAUGAUCGCUUCUCAUAAUGGACACCUAAAAACUGCGGAAUUACUUUUGAAACAUGGAUCAGAUAUUAAUUGUAUUGAUAUUCUAGGGCGCGAUGCACUAAUGUUAGCUUCUGAAAAAGGGCAUGACUUAAUUGCAGAAUUAAUAAUCAAAAAUAGAGCUGACAUUUAUCGUAUAGAUAAUAUGGGGUACGAUGCAUUAAUGCAUGCUUCUUGUAAUGGGCAUGAAAAAACAGUAGAACUGCUUAUAAAACGCAGAGCAAUUAUUCAUCGUAUAGGCAAAAAUGGUUUGAAUGCCUUAGUAUUGGCCGCUGAUAGAGGACACGAUAAAGUAGUUACUUUACUAAUUAAUCACAUGUCUACAAAAAAACGAGAAGCGUUAUUUUUCGAUUAUGAAAAUGAUCGUGAUAGAUCGCUAGAAUUAUUGAUAAACAGCAAUGUCAAGUUUAAUCCAUCUCAGGAAGACGGAUGCGACAACUUAAUGUUUGCAGCUCAAAAUGGACUUCUAAAAUGUGCAGAGUUACUUAUAAACAACGGAGCGGAUGUCAAUCGUGAAAAUAAAUAUGGAUGGGAUACUUUAAUGAUCGCAAGUCGAAAAGGGCAUACCAAAAUUGCAGAGUUACUUAUUAAAAAAGGAGCCAAUAUUAAUCGCAACAAUGAAAAAUUAGAUCAAAAAGAAUUAAACAUCAACAAUAUUGAAUCAACUGCCUCUGUGUAUAGCGGAACACCAAAUGAAGAAUUUCAAGAGUUUCAAAACCAUCCUGGUCACGAUGAUCCAAGAGAACAAGAAUACACAACUGAAUGUUUGAAAGGCUUAAGUAAAAAUAAGGAAGCUAGUGAACUAAUCAUAACUGAUGAAACUUUUAAUGACAUUUUAAGCCGGUUGAUUUUCAGUGAUAAUAAGAACAUUUCAGAAACUGCACACUCAGUGUUUUGGAGAACUAGUAGAGUGACGGGUAUUUUGCCUUCAAAACAAGGAUGCAACAUCUUAAUGGUGGACGAUAUGAACAUCAAAUUAACAGAUUUUGGCAUAUCCGAAUUUAUCAAUGGGAAAGGGCUACCCACAGAUCAAGGAACAGUUAGAUACAUGGCUCCAGAAGUUGUUUUCACAGAUGGCAACGUUAUGAAAUACUACACCAGCAGAUCUGAUAUAUACAGAUUUGACUCUUCAGACACCCUAGAUAACACAGGCUACAUUUAUGAUAUUAGUACACCCUACCACCAGGACACGUGUAUUACUAAGAUACCCACCAUUAGGAGACAUUUGGUGCUAAUUAUAUCAAAGAGCGUUGGCUGCACUGUUAUAGAGAUGUUGACAGGAAAACCACCCAACUCUUCAGUUCCUACACCACUGGCUAUUGUAAGAAACGCUAGCAGUGAGCCGCUACAUUACCAACUUCCUCCAUCUUCAUCAGUUUACUUACGAGAAUUUUUAGACAAAGUUUUACACAGAGAAGCUAAACACAGACCAACGGCUGACUGGCUGCUGAAGAAUGAUGCAUUUGUCAAUGAGGACUACGACAAAAAUGAUGAUUUUUCACUGACAAUAAAAAAAGAAAAUUAUAGUAGCUUUAGAAAAUAUAGAACACAAACAUUAAUGUUUUUUAAGUGUGUGCACAUUUAG